AUGGUUAUUCUAUAUGCCAACAAGAUUUCCAGACGCCAAUCGAGCGAGGAACAUCUUCCGAUAACGAUCCUGCGCUUGUCCAAUUCCCGCAACGAGCCUCCAAAAGACGCCCGACCUGCGUCACAAGCUGUUGCUCCACGUCGCGUUCGGCCUCGUCCCGCACAUAUCGAGACUAGAGAAAGAUAUCUCCCUCCCCUGAACGCUGAUGCGGCAGUACCUGUUCGCCCUGACAUCAAAGAUCUCGGGUUGGGAGCGAUCUUCGUGUUUGAAGGAGCUACAAACGUUCCUGGGGCUGCAGGAUUAACAAUGAGGCUGGAAGGCAAUGUUCUCAGGUCUGUCAAUAAUAUGGUCCUUCUUGACACGGUUCUCGCCUUCACUGAGAAUUAA